AUCCUUUAAAUUAAGUUAGAACUUUGCCAAAUUCUCUUAUGGCUAUCGGCUUUUGGAAUUUUUGUCUGACUAAUUGACUGACCUUGUUGACUCGAAGAUUCCUUCUUCUUCUUCUUCUCCCUACUCGAUUUCACCCGUCCUCUUAAAAGCAAGCUCGAACUCAGUCCCAUUAAUCUGAGAAGGCUGCUCGUUUGCCCUAGGCCUUGGCCUCAUUUGACUACAAGACUUGUCACUCAAGGUUUGACUCCAAAAAACUUAAUUAGAUUUUUUGUGGAGGUAAGAAAUCAAAAUAUUUAAAGAAAGCAUUUACACAUGUUCAAUGUCCCCAAAAUAUUAUUUUGCAUAUUCCUCAUUAUAAAGCACCAAUAUUGCCCUAAAAAUCAGAAAAUAAACACAUCAAACAGAGCAUAAAAAAUCUAAAAGAACAUUACCACUGAAAAUGUUGGAAGGAAAAGCAAUAGUUCGCGAAACAGACAUGCCAGAUACAAUGAAGAGCCGAGCUAUGGAGUUGGCUUAUCAAGCUCUGGAUCUACAUGAAGUUGCUGAUUAUCAAUCCAUUGCUCAUUAUAUUAAACAGCAUGGCAUUGUGUGGUUGGCACAGACUUCGGUUCUUGCAUCACACAUUUAUGUGGAAGCUUCAUUUUCUUCCGGGUGGAGAUGAUGGAAUUUCUUGUAUUCAAAGAUGGGAAAGAUGCGUCCCAAAGCAAGGAAGAAGCUGUAGGAGUUCUGCACAAAACUGCCUAAUAUGUACAAUUCAUAAUCUGUUUAACAGUUAUUUUUUCAACUAUUCUCUGUUGAAGGCCUGUAUUAAAUACCCCAAUAAAAUUCUAGGGGCAUCUUGGUACUGCCAUGUUUGUUUCUACCUGGAAGUAUUACCUCAGAUUUUGCCUUGCACUCCCCACUUCAUUGGCAUUUGCUAUGCAGGAUUAGUAACAUCACCAUCUCAUAAAAAACUUAUAAAUAGUACAGCGCCUUCUUUAUAAUUCAAGGAAUAAAAUCAG